GUCUCUUAACGGUGACGCGUUCCGAGAAUCGGGAAUGUGCAAAAAGAACAAAAAAAAAUACAGAGAAAAGAAGAAAAAGCCCAGCAAUGAGAGAUGUCCCACUGCGGCCAUAUGACACGAUCGGCGAGGAAGAAGAAGAGCCCCAUCUGUUCUGCGUUGGAACCCGAGGAGGAAGCAGGUCCGCAACCUCACGCAUGUCAGCAUGUCGUCCGUGCAAGGUUCGCAUGAGCUGCGCCGACGCCUAUCGGACAAAGAGACCAGCUACCCCAACAUGUCUUGCGUCGCUGCGACGGACACAUGCAGUGUGACCGUCGAAACAAGUGAAGAAAUAGUGCCUAGCACUUCCAAUUCGGUGUUCAACUGCGACAUGUGCCCUGCUUCCUUCUCGACGCUAGACUUCCUGAACAGGCACCGACGAUACGGGCAUGCACGAAGGAAUCAAAAGAGCCAGCUGUCAUCGCAGAGUGGGUCGAGUUCUCAAGGGGAGACCAAGGAGCAGCCGCCCUUUGUGUGCGACAUCUGCAAGAGGAGCUUCCUUCGGCGAAACGCGCGCACCUCGCACGUGAGGAUCCACGCCAGGACCGGGUACGAGUGCACCGAUUGCGGCCGCCGCUUCUCGAACUCGUCCCACCUCUCCCGCCACCGAAGGACCCACUUGGGAGACGCGGAGAACUUCGUGUGUCCGGAGUGCUGGGCGGGCUUCGCCAGGAAAGACGUGAUGCAGAGGCACAUGCUCUCGCACACCGGAGAGAGGCCGUACGCGUGUCGCAUCUGCGGUGACGGGUUCACCCAGCGCGUGAGUGCCAGGAGGCACGAAAAGAACUCGCAUGGUGUGGAGUGACCGGCACGAUUAGCGCGACGGCUUUGGCGGGUCGGAAAACUGCGGUGAACCAACACGACAACAGCAAGGACUGCCAGCUCAGAGCUGAGUCAGCACUCUGGAUCAAGCACUCUGGAUCAAGAUAUAAAACAUAUUGCACUGGUGUUCGUCUAUGUCAAUGCUAGUUUUAUAUAGAUAAGUUGAUGGAAAGAAAUAGAGAGGGACGCCGUAAAAAA